UCCAGAAACACGGAGCUUGAUCAUGGAUCAGCUGGAAUGCUGAGCAACAGCCUGCGUAUCUCCUUUUGCUUUCAGAGUCCGAAAGAAGCUUUGCUUUUUAUCUCAAAACAUCAUGAACUGCAGAUGAACUGAUCAUAACUAAAAGAGGAAAGGCUGGACUGCGGGCAUGUGACGGCCGCUAAGGUGGAGGUGGUCAGGUAAAAGAUGACUUUACUGGCAGGCGAUGGUUCUGAUUACGACUACAGCGCCUUGAGCUGCACCUCAGACACCUCUUUAAACCCACCGCCCAUCCAGGAGCGAGAGGCCUUAAAGGGCGUUUAUUAUAAACGGGCCCAGCGCCUCCCUCCAAUUAUCCCAUUCGAUGCUGACCAUCCCUUCGCCGACACCGACAUCCCGUCGUGUGCCCAGCGCCUCCACGUCACCAUCAAUGUCGGAGGUCUCAGGUAUCAGCUUCCCUGGACGACCCUCGAGGACUUCCCCCUCUCCCGGCUCGGUCAGCUGCGUAUGUGCAACAGCUUCGAUGAGAUCAUGCGGGUCUGCGACGACUACGACGUGGUCCGCAACGAGUUCUUCUUCGACCGCAGCCCCUGCGCUUUCCGGACGAUCCUUACCUUCCUGCGUGCAGGGAAGCUGCGGUCGCUACGUGAGAUGUGCGCCCUGUCUUUUCAGGAAGAGCUACUCUACUGGGGCGUUCCGGAAGAAAACCUAGAGUGGUGUUGCCGUAGGCGCCUCCUGCAGCGUAUGGAGGAGUGCGAUGAGUUGGAACGGGUAGUGGAAGAAGACGAGGAAGACGACGAUGACAGCGGAAGCGCUUUGGCCGGGGAGUCUCGGCUUGGACGUUGUAUGGACAAACUAAGAGACAUGGUGGAGAAACCUCACUCCGGUCUGCCGGGGAAGAUCUUCGCAUGCUUGUCGGUCCUGUUCGUCACCAUCACAGCUAUCAACCUCUCCAUAAGCACCAUGCCUGCUAUGAGGGAGGAGGAGGAGACGGGCAAGUGCUCUCAGAUGUGCUACAACAUCUUCAUCGUGGAGACGGUGUGCGUGGCUUGGUUCUCGCUGGAGUUCACGUUGCGCUUCAUCCAAGACCGCAGCAAGUUGGCCUUCCUCCGGCGACCCCUCAACCUAAUCGACGUCAUAGCCAUUCUGCCCUACUACAUCACGCUGGUGGUGGACAGCACGUCCACGGGCGAGAAACGACUGGGCUCGGGCAGCAGUUACCUGGACAAAGUGGGCCUGGUAUUACGCGUGCUGCGCGCACUGCGCAUCCUGUACGUGAUGCGCCUUGCGCGUCACUCUCUCGGACUCCAGACGCUCGGCCUGACCGCGCGCAGGUGCACGCGUGAGUUCGGCUUGCUCCUUCUUUUCCUCUGCGUCGCCAUAGCGCUCUUCUCACCUCUACUUUACCUGAUCGAGAACGAGGCCGCGGCCACGCGCGAGUUCAGUAGCAUUCCCGCCACUUACUGGUGGGCCGUGAUCACCAUGACGACGGUGGGAUACGGCGACAUGGUGCCGCGCAGCAUCCCCGGACAGGUGGUCGCGCUCAGCAGCAUCCUCAGCGGGAUCCUGCUGAUGGCUUUCCCCGUCACGUCCAUCUUUCACACGUUUUCUCGCUCCUACGUGGAGCUCAAGCAGGAGCAGCAGAGGCUUCUGCAGAGGAGGACUCACUUUCUCCUGCGCAGCCGUAUUGCGGGACUGGGCAGCAGCAACCUUUCGCUGGAGAGUGAUGUGCUCUUCCCUAGUGUCUCUUCUGACCACAGAAACAGAGAUGAAUGAACAGUGUCAAAAAUUACUGGAUGGACUAAAUGUCCUGGAUGUGGAAUAACAAGCAGUUGUUUUUAUCUUUUACAUAUUGCCCAUUACUGCUCCAAUUUGGAGAUCUACCAUUACACUGUCCCUACCUGUGGUACUUGUGUCGAUGGCACAAACCAAAAUUCAAGUAUAUACAGAGACCAGCACAUUGAAUCAUACUCAGGUUCAGACCAGGCCAAUAAACUAACACAAAGGUAGAUUUCCAAGAGCACAUCUGAGCACCUGCAGUCUUAUUCUUUACGUUUUUUUUUUUUACAUUUUGUGUAUCAUCACUCACUGUGUUAAAUUUAGUACUGUAUUGAAGUACUGAAUGUGUAUCUUCCUUUUGUGUAUAUUUACUCACAACAUGCAUCACAAUAUACAUGAACACACACUCUGAAAUUCUUUGAAUACCAGGUCUGUGCUGUUGAUAUGUGCUGAUGUGUAUUUGUGUACCAUGAUAUGUGAUAUGUAAUGUUAAUUACUGAACAAUCAUCAGGCAGAAACACAAUAAUAUAUUUCUGUGUGGGUAUCCACCAAUGUUGCCAUAUACUUUAUUAAAAUAAAAUAAAAACAAGCACACACACACACAGAUGAAAGCAGGAUGGUUUUAUGGUCUACACAUGUUGUGUAAUAAUAACUAGUGUUACUUUAUUAACUGAAUCUUGGUUGUUUUUUAGGUCUUCACAACCUCAGUAAUGCAACCAUAGUCAUUUAUUUCCACUAGGGGGCAGCAGAGUCACAUGGAUUGAUUC